AUGGUUGCAAAUACAUCUUUACUCAACCGAGAACUUCAACAACUCAUUCUUGAUAUUUUACAAGAAUGUGGCAAAGCAGAAUCCGCUAUGUUGAGGCAACGGUUACUGUGCACCGCAUGCAAUGUUAUAAGACUUUAUCAAAGUAUCGUCCUAGUUCACCAUAACAACUUGAUAAAUAUUCCUAAACAAUCUGCAUUAUUCCACAACAACUGCAUGUAUUUAGCAAAUUGGUUGCUAACCAUUUCAAUACAAAUGCAGUCAUACAAUAUAACAAAGGAAGAAAUUGGAAUUACAUUAUAUUCAGAUCAAAUUUCAUCGUUGCGAUUGCUAGGAACAAAGUAUUUGAAUCAACAGAUGAAACAACAAAAAAACAUUAUGAUAAAUACCUUAAGAGAUUCAGAUUUAAAUUUAUUAAGUCAAGUUACAAAACUAAGUAAAACCAAUGAGGCUGUGAGCAAGUGCAUUGAACAAAUAAAUGAUUUAGAACCCACUGGUUUCAAGUGUUACCAGACAAUGUUUUUGCCAGUUUGCAGUGCAGAAGACAUAUCAGCAGCAGUAGCUGCAGAUUUGGUCAAGUAUUUUGAUGAUGUACAAAAAAAUGCUUUAUGCAUGUUUAAGAAACAUACUGAUGUCAUGUCUAGAGUUCAAUUGUGGCAGAAGUUCCAGGAAUUGAAAAAUGUUCUCAAAGGGAAUUUAGAAAGUAUAGAAAGUCAAUGGGCGAAUGGCAAAGGACUUUUAGCCACAGUAUUUGAAAAGCAAGAAAUCAAACAUUUAAUAAGAGCACUAUUUCAAAAUACUGAUCGUCGAGCUGAGCUGUUAAUGAAACUUAAAUAA